CUUCUUUUUACUUUAUAUUUGUUAUUUUUUGCUGUAUUUAUAUCACACUUUUCAUCCAAUUAUCAUCCUUAGACUUUUAAACAAAAAUGAACACUAGAGCACUUGCAACCCCUCCUCCCGAAGAGCCUACAACAACAAAGAUCAAAUACAAGAAGAAAGCGAGACAUGGUCAUGGAAAAGACGUUACUGAUGUUCACAAUAUCAGACAAGUGGCUGGAUGUUUGCCCGUUGACCCGUAUUCAAAACGUUUCUUGUUGAUCACUUCAAGUAAGAAUCCUGAAGCUUGGGUGAUUCCUAAAGGUGGUUGGGAACAAGAUGAAACACAAGAACACGCAGCUUUAAGAGAAACUUGGGAAGAAGCAGGUUUGAAAGGACAUAUUACUCGACAAAUUGGUGUCUUUGUGGAACGCGCCAAUAAGAAAAUCAGGGCACAUCAUUGGAUCUUUGAAAUGCAUAUAGACGAGAUUUGUAAAAAGUUUCCUGAACGUAAGAAGCGUGAUCGUCGUUGGUUUACGUAUGAUGAGGCUUUAUUAGCUACAGCCAACAACGAUUUCAUUCAAGAAGCCAUUCGUAAUUCUAGCAUCAGCCCUGAACGUCCUCAAGGCGGCCAACUUACACCUCGCUCUUCGUUUGAUGGCAAGUUGAUGAGUCAAUCCAUACCGUUUAAUAACAUGACACCCACUAUCAAAACAGAUACACUCGUUGUCAGUCCACCUUUAACUCCAUCUCCUACCAAAGAAAAGCAGCAAGAUAUCCAAUCACCUUCCAUAUACGAUAGUAGAAAGUCAAUGGAUGCUUUUCAAGCUUUACAGGAAUUGAUGAAAAAUGCACGUUUGGAAGCUUAAUUGAUCUGGCAUGCAUGCAUUCUCUGCAACACACAACACAAUACAUACAUAUACACACAUAUGCACUCACUACUCACCCACACUUACGCACUCACACAUUAGACUACGACUUGACAUCUCUAUGUAUACACACUCACACUCACUUACAGACGCCCACACACACACACACACAGAACUGCAUCAUACAUUCCUCAUUCUAAUUUAUUUUCUUUCUCUUUUUGAGAAUCUUUUUACUUCUAUAACCCCUCCCCCCCCCCUCCUUAGAUAGUAUAGCGUUUUCUUUUUGAUUUUUCUUUUUUAUAUAUUUUUUUUUUUUUUGUUUGUUACCACUCGAUACCAUCACUAUAUCUCUCGCUUGCUCGCUCUUU